CCUACCAGCGUCAGUUCGUUUCUCCUCUCUCUCCCUGUAAAGCAGGAUUACCCCGUUCUAGCUCUCACCUCAGCAUUCCCCGUUUGGAGUUGUCUAACUCAGUUCGGUUUACGCUGGCCGGCGACCAUCACGCGCUGGUGAAGCCAGCUUUUGGCACAACCUGUUCUCCGUUCAGAAUCACCUCGAUUCUCUUUCCUGAUUCUCAUUCCUGAUUCUCAUUCCUUAUUCUCAUUCUCACAACUGCGCAGCAGCGUACUCUAGCGAUUUCGUGGAAUCGGGUUUAGCGUACUCUGGUCGCAAGCCGUAGUAGAUUCAAAGAACGGACGCCUGCUCUGGAAUCGGGUUUAGCGAUAUCGUGGAAUCGGGUUUAGCGUACUCUAGCUCACUCUGGUCUCUAACCGUACCAGUUUCAAAGAACGGACCUUCAUUUAUUUCUCGCACCGAUGCCUGCUCCGCCGCGUGACGCUCCCGACGGCAUCGGCGAAAGCGUUUCGGGCGACGCUUUCUGUGGUAACCGCACGAUUUCGCAGCAUGAAUUCGUGACUCAACGGAUCAUGGCCCUUUUCCCCGGUCCUGUUGGUUCUGGUAGUUCCGUCCCAGAAAAUUCUGCCGCCGACUCAAAAGCUGCUGGUUCCAGAGGUCCUGUCGCCGGAAGCUUUUCCGCGAAUACUACAGCGAUUGGCUUAACCAGAGCCGCAAAUAUGGGUGUCAAUUUCGGUCCUCUCACUGAUGCGGCCGUUCCCACUGUUACCGGGGAGCGCUAUAUCGCGUACCCGAAAAGCGCCGGGCUCCAGCAGGUCGAUACGGAAUUUGCGCACCGUCCGAUGCCGCAAUUGGGCGGCGGAUCAAAUCAAGCUUCAUCCAAUCAAGGCGCGUCAGUCUGGCGAUAUCACUCUCCUGGCAAUAUCACCUCCGCCGUCUUUCCGCGGCCCGUCCUGCCCCAUUUCCCCCUGGAGCGCGUGCCGCCUGUCGCAGCCACAUCGCGCCCUUCACGCCCUGCCGGCGGGUUUCCUACCGGCGGGUUUCCUGCCGUUAGCAGUGACUCUAACGGGGCCGAGCCUCCAGAAACGGGCGAAGCGGCAGCAGACACGAGCAUUUUAGGAGCGCGUGGGCUGGCGGAACCGGCGGGGGCGCAUAGUGACGAUCAGCGGGCCGCUUCCGCGCCUGCGGCUGGGGGCGCGGAGCGUGGCAAUGGCAAUCAGUGGACAGCUUCCGCGCGUGGCGCGCACGCCAACGCUCCUUUCGCAUUUUCUGCUUUUGAGUCGACUCAAGCGCACCGUACAGCUUCCGCGCUUGGCGCGCAGCCAAUCGCCCCGCGCGUAGACUCAAUGUUUUCCGCCCGCGAGCCGGGGCACGCCGCCACGCCUGACGCCGCUACUGCGACCUUUGACUGUAUGCGGCGCUCCUUUGGUCCGUCGGCGCGGCUCGAGUUUGACCUUAAUUCGCCAGCAGCGGAGGCGGAGCAAGAGGCGCAAGAGGCACGAGUGGGGGGAGUGGGGGAAGGGGCGCGAGAGGCGCAAGAGGCGCAAGUGGCGCGGGUGGGGCAAGAGGCGCAGCUAGACUGGUACAGGACAGGUGGUAGCGAUUUUGCCGCUAUUGCUGGUGGCAAUUUUGCUGUUAACGGUGCUGCUGCUGGUAUUGGCGAUGGGGCUGCUGGUAGCUCUGAUGCUGCUGCUGCUGCUGCUGCUGCUGGGAAUGACAAUGGUGCUGGUAAUGGUGCUGGUAAUGGUGCUGGUAACGGUCCUGUGGCUGGUAACUCUGUUGCCGCCGCUGCUGCUGAUGGUGUUACCGAUGGUGGGGGUGAGAGCGAUACCAGCACAGUCAGCAACGGCACUGGCAGCUGUGACGACAGCAGUGACAGCGACGGCAGCAUAUUUGGGACAGGAGAUAAUGAUGAUGAUGAUGACUGCGAGACGGAGAGUAGCUGCCAGCUGAGCUGGCAGCAGGUGAUUGGCGAGAGUGUGGGCGAGAGCGAGUGGGAGGAGGAUAAUGGUAUGGAGGAGGAAAGUGGCAGGCGGGAGGAGGAUGUAGCGUGGAUGGUGACGAAUGGAGAGGACGUGGGCGAGAGGGGAGGGGAGGGGUUACGGGAAGCAGAGGAUGGCAGAGAGAAGAGAACGGAAGAAAGUGGCAGGCGGGAGGAGGAUGUAGCGUGGAUGGUGAAGAAUGGAGAGGGGGUGAGCGAGAGGGGUGGGGAGGGGAAGACUGAAACGCGAGCAGCAGAGGACGACAGAGAGAAUGAUAUGGAGGAGGAAAGUGGCAGGGGGGAGGAGGUGGCGUGGAUGGUGAAGGAUGGCGAGGGGGUGGGCGAGAGGGGUGGGGAGGGGGAGACUAAAGUGCGAGCAGCAGAUGGUGGGGAGGAGGAAAUGGGCAGCUGGGAAUGGGAAACAGCAGCAGCAACAGCAGCAGCAGCAGAGGUAACGGCAGCAGCAGGACCCGCAUUAGCACUAGGAGCAGCAACGGGGAGAGCACGAGCUGCAGUUGCGGUUGGGGAAGGAGGCGUGCAGCAGGAGUAUUUUGAGUCGACUCUAAUUGUACCAGCCGAACAGCUGGUUGAGUUUAUGGACGAGAAUCAAAGGGAUGGUGAUGGUCUCGGAUGGAGGGGGCAUGGUAGUGAGGGGUGGGAGGAGAUGAGGGAGAGGGAGAUGAGGAGGCGAUUGGGAGUGAGAAGCGGAGGGGGGGAGGGGCAAGGAUGGAGGGAAAGGCAGAUGGCCACAGUCAGGGCAGUUUGGAUGUCUGAGGAAGCUUUCUCCAUGGCAGGAGCAAGCGUGCCUGCUAGUGAGUGCUCCCCAAAAAAAUAUGAUCUUCGUAUGUUCCUUUAGGCCAAGCAUCUAUUCUUUUGUAUAGAGUACAUCAUAUACAAAUAAUUCGGUGAAGUAUGU